UUAAAAAACUGCAGUCGAAGUAGCAGAGGUCGCAAUAUUUUUGCUUUUCACUGCUUCGACUGCGAGCGACUUCUUAAAAUGAACAGUUACUUUUGCUUUUGCUUCUGAAGAAAACAGAAGUCGCAGUCGAAGCAAAAGCAGAAAACGAUCGCCGACGAAAGGGAAUCAGCAGCAGCAGUCGCCGUUUGAAAAGUUUUGAUUUUGCUUUGCUGCUGCUUUGGCUAAGCAACGCAAGUCGAAGCAACAGCAACUGCUCGACUUCUGCAAGUCGCCAGCAGCAGCAGUCGCCGUUUGAAAAUUUUUGAUUUUUCUUUGCUGCUGCUUUCCAUUCUGCAAAUUGAUCAAGAUCGAUACAGGAGCUUAAUUGUUUAACUAUGGCGCAAAGUGAUAUUUGGAUGUAUUUCGAGAAUAGUGUUGAUGAAGGCAUAGCUACAUGUAAAACAUGUAAAAAUAAGUUAAAAAAUAAUAGAAUUUCAAAUUUAAAAACUCAUUUACUUAAUUUACACAAAAUAAAUUUAAAUGCUGCAAGUGUUGAACAGUUAGAAACGUCGUCGACGUCAAAUUCCUCCAUAACAUUAAAAAAAACUAUUAGAAAAAAAUAAAUAAAAAUUGAAGUGAAUAAAAAACAAUUGCUGAGGUCAUAUAUUGGGUUGGUGACAGAAGACAGCAUUCCUUUCAAUGUCUUAAAUUCGGAAAAUAUGCGAAAUAUCGUUGACCCAAUUUGUGAUGGACUUAAAGCCGCUGACGGGAAAAAAUUACGUUAAAUGCAUCAAACUGCAAAAAAACUUUGCAAACAGUGGCAAACAAUGUAAAAGCGCAUAUAACCACUGAAGUGGCAAAUAAAUUAUUGUCUCUAAAAAUAGACAGUGCCACGCGGCUGGCAAGAAACUUUUUUGGCAUAAGUGCUCAAUAUAUUAGUUCAGCUCAAAUAAAAUCCCUUAUAUUGGGCAUGGUAGAGCUUAAAGGUGUUGGAUCGAGCACAGCCAAAAAUCUCGCCGCUGAAGUGCUAAAAGUUCUAAAUAAAUACAAUAUAAACUUAAGCCAAAUAGUGUCAAUUACAUCUGACAAUGGUGCCAACAUGCUUAAGACAACAAAUAUAUUAUCAUUUGUUUUCGAUGAAAAUCUUGGCGAGGACGACGAAUAUUAUUCAAACGAUGAAUAUUUAAAAAUAAUUGAAAAUAUUGAAAAAGUGCCAAACGUGUUAAUAGGGAAUAUUCAAGUUUGUCGUUGUGCUGCACAUACAGCUCAACUGGUUGCUCGCGAUGUUACCAAAUCGUCGGAUAUGUUGAAAUACCUAUUUAAUUGUCGCAACAUGACGAAAUUUAUAAGAAAAACUUCAAAUGGAUUUCGCGAAAUAUUCGAGCUGAAACAGCUAAAAAUGCCGCAACUAGAUUGUCCGACCAGAUGGGGAUCCACAUACACGAUGCUAAAGGAUUUGUUAGUGGCUAAAGAUGAACUAACUGAAAUUGAGUCAACUGAAAACAAAAUCGAAGAAGACAAUUUUGAAGUGGAUGCAUCGUUGUGGGAUUUUAUUGAAAACUAUUGCUUAGUUUUCAGUCCAUUGCAGAAAACAAUAAAAAAAUUUCAAGAAGAGCAACUGCAUUAUAGAAAUUUUUACGCCCAAUGGCUAAAAUUAAAAAUUUGCACAGAUAAAAUUGUAAAUGAUGCAACUCACGAUAUGACAAGAACGAUUGGCGAAAAGAUUCUGAGCUCUAUAGAAAUGCGAUCGAAAAUAUUAUUAAAUAAUAAAUUUCUCAUUUCGUGUUUGUUUUUGGAUCCUCGUUUCCAACAUACACUAACACCACAACAAAAAAAUUAUGCAGUGAAUCAUUUAAAAUCGAUAUGGGACAGAAUAAAUGACAUAAAUUCUACUGGACAGUUAUGCUCAACCCCAAAUUCGGGCUCACAUCAAUCUGUGAACCAUUUUUUUGAUGAAGAAGAUGAAUUGUUAAACGCUUACUUAGAGCAAGGGAUCCAAACGGAAGUCAGUAGUACAUUCGACGUAUACUCAAAGAUUGACAAUCUUCAACUUCCUUUCCAAAGAAUCGAUGCAGACGUUCUCACAUUUUGGAAAGGAAAGCAGUGCACUGACCAGGAGCUAUAUGCACUAAGUAAUGUUUGCUUUGCUGUACCACCAACUCAGGUGACGAUUGAACGAGCAUUUUCGACGUUAAGACUUGUACUUACUGAUUACCGAAAUCGACUAAGUCAGGAAGUACUAGAGAAUAUACUGCUGGUCAAAUUGAAUCCAAGCUUUCUGGACUCAGCGAUUGAUAACUUAUCUCUUUUUCAAGAUGACGAAGAUUUUGAAAGUUUAUUUUGAAUAAUAUUGUAUUUUAUGAAAAAAAUGAAGUAAAAAAAAAAAACAAA